UUAUCUUCCAGCUCUGAAUACCGCACGGCCAGGGAGGCAUGAAGACGAUAAGCGGGAUACAUCGCUGGUGGAUAUACGGAAGAGGACGGAGGACGCAGUCUGCUAUGCUGGGCUCCAGUCAGAAUGGGUGAGCAUCAGACCUACGUGAAGCUCAGUGAAGAGAAACUUAUCCCAAAGCCUGACAUCUUAUCUCUGUUGAGGACCUACAACUGCUACCACGAAGGGAAAAACUUCCAGCUGAGGACUCGCGAGGAGGAUGGAGAGCUCAUCCUCGAGGGGCUGCUGAACAUCUACUGGGGUCUGCGCCGACCUAUCAGACUGCAGAUGUACGACGACAACGAAAGAUUCCGUCUCAACCGAAACGAUAGAUCUGCUGUGGCAAAGCAGCUCUCAGCUGAGUCUAAUAAUAACUCCCUGGGCAGAGACACCGCACCAGCUAGUGGUGACAUAGGUGCUCAGGAGGAGGAGGAUUCUCCUCAGCUGCUGAGGACCAGGAGUGACGCCUCCUUCAUGCAGGUUCAGAGGAGGUCAAGGACACACACUGCCAGAGAUCUGCAGCGCUUGCGCACACACAGGUUCUCAAUUAACGGACACUUCUACAACCAUAAGACGUCUGUAUUUACUCCAGCGUAUGGUUCAGUCACUAACGUGCGAGUGAACAGCUCCAUGACAACCACACAGGUUCUCAACCUGCUGCUACACAAGUUUAGGGUGGAGAAUAAAUCUGAAGAGUUUGUUCUUUAUAUGGUGCACGAGUCUGGUGAGAGGACCCGACUGAGGGAUGGUGAAUACCCGCUGGUGGCUCGUGUGCUUUACGGACCUUGUGAGAAAAUCUCUAAGAUCUUGAUCACGGAGGCCGACCUGGGAGAGGAAGUUACAUAUGAUGUUGCCCAGUACAUAAAGUUUGAGAUUCCUGUUUUAGACAGCUUCGUAGAGAAACUUAAAGAGGAAGAGGAACGUGAAAUAAACAAGCUGACCAAAAAGUACAGCGCUCUGAAAUCUAUGAUUCAACAUCAGCUCGAAGGCAGAGCUCACACCAGUGACAGAGUAUGAGUGUUCUUGUAUGCACUAAUGUAACGUGUGUGUGUGUGUGUGUGUGUGUGUGUGUGUGUGUGUGUGUGGGUGUGACUGUGUGACUGUGUGAGAGGGGAAGGGUGGGUUCAACACUAAUGAUUGUUUGAUUGUUGAUUAAUUAUGGGAACAUUGCCAAUGCUGUAGUGAAUGUAGAGGCAAAGGUAAAUGGGUAAAAGUUAAGGCUGCAAUAGAACCAUAUCAAACACCAAUGUGCUUCUACUAUUAGAAUUACAUAUCUUAACAGUUUGUAUAAUCUGUUUUGUUAAUGUUAUUACAAUGAAGUGUAUCACUGCUUUGAUAUCUCUGCUGUUAACAUACUUGCAUUUUCUACAAAAAUUCUUACUGCAAGUUUGAAUAUUUAUACAAGCUGAUUUUGGUAAUGUUUUCUCUGACUUGGACCUUUUUAUGUAAUAAAUCUGUUUUAGUGUGGCCUUUAUAAAUGCUGUUGAAUCUCUGCUGACACCAAACAUAAUACCCAGCUUGGACUUCCCACACAGCUGUCUUUAUUAUUUUCUGUACUUCCAUGGUGACUGGAGCACAGAUUAGCAUUGUUCUUCUGAGUGACCCUCUUUGCCAGCUAGUUCCCAUGAGCUUUGUGUGCAUGUGUGUGUGUAUGUAUGACUGUGUGUGUGUGUCUCUCUAGACCUAUCAACAUUACACAAUGAGGGUAUCCUGAGAGAUGAGGGCUGUUCCGUUUUCCCACAGUUUAACAAGCAGCAAGACUGAUGUAGUAUUUUGUGGACCAACAUUGACCGACAUUGCUAUUUGAUUAAUCAAAUGAUAAAAACAAUUUGAUUAAUUGUUGAGACACACACACACACAUCUGUUGUGCAUAGGCUCAUGCAACACAAGUGAAGUAAAUGCCAAAAAAAUA